AUGAGAGGGGAAGGCGUCUGCAGCAAGAUGGAUGUGGGCAGCAAGGAGGUUUUGAUUGAGAGCCCGCCGGACUACUCAGCAGCCCCCCGGGGCCGGUUCAGCAUCCCCUGCUGCCCUGUGAACCUCAAACGCCUCCUCCUCAUCGUCGUGGUGGUAGUCCUUGUGGUCGUGGUGAUUGUAGGGGCCCUGCUAAUGGGUCUUCACAUGAGCCAGAAACACACCGAGAUGGUCCUAGAGAUGAGCAUUGGGGGACCAGAAGCCCAGCAGCGCCUGGCCCUGAGUGAGCGUGUGGGUACCACUGCCACCUUCUCCAUCGGCUCCACUGGCAUUGUAGUGUAUGACUACCAGCGGCUCCUGAUUGCCUAUAAGCCAGCCCCAGGAACCUGUUGCUACAUCAUGAAGAUGGCUCCAGAGAACAUCCCAAGUCUUGAGGCUCUCACCAGAAAGUUCCGGAACUUCCAGGUCAAGCCUGCAGUGUCUACCUCUAAGCUGGGCCAGGAGGAGGUCCGUGAUGCUGGCUCAGCAUCCUCUGUGGACCUGGACUUCCUGGGCACCACUGUGAGCACCCUGUGUGGCGAGGUGCCCCUCUACUACAUCUAG